AUAGACCAGGGAAAACAUCAGAGGAAGAGGCACCACAAGCUGGGUCGUCACAAGAUAAUACAUCACUGCCUAAACCAAUUCAACAUGGCAUGACAGAUCCUGUUCUGUCACAAUUUCAGCUCUCAAAAUAUCAAGAAUCACAAGCCGGACCAUCACAAGCUGAAUCGUCGAGCACUGCUAAACUACAAACUGAAAAAUCACAAACCAAACCGACUUUAUCUUCAAUUGAGAUAAAAAAGCCGACAUUACAAAUUAUAACUCCUGAACAGAUCCGUCCUCACCCCAAAGCUGGUGAACGAAAGUCUACAAUUCGACGAAAGAAAAAAUCUCUGAUUUUGACAGACACUCCAGUCAAAGAGAACAUAGAGGAAGAAGCAAGACUUCGAGAAGAAAAAGCACAAAAAAAAACCAAAAGAACUAACAAGAAAAAAGAGGCAGUAAAAAGACGUAUUCUAGAAGACAGCUCUUCUGAUGAUGACAGUGUUAUCUAUGAAGAAAGCUCGGAUUCUUUAGAAGAAUUUGAUGCAUAUGACGAUAGUCCACAAGCUGUGACAAAAGGCGAUUUUGUAAUCGUGAAAGUGUAUGGGCAAAAUAAAUUAAAUUUCAGACAUUAUGUUGGUGAAAUUAUUCAUGCUGUAAAUGAUGGUUUUGAGGUUACUUUUUUAAAACGCCACAAAGAAACAAAAUAUUUUUUUAAAAAUAAUGAAAAUGGCUUUGUUGUAAAAGCUGAUAUUGUUUGUAAGUUACCCAUGCCAGCCAAAAGUAACAGCGCUAGAUAUGCCAACAUGGUGUCAUUUCAAGUUGAUUUAAAUGAAUUUGACUUUACAGUUUAUUAA